AUGAUUGUACGAACGAGUUUUUUGUCUCUGAGGUACUUGAAUGUCACGUGGCCAGUAUUUGGCUCGGCGAUCUGCUCUGACCCUUGUCCCUCCUCCUAUCUUUUCGCAUUGUCAAGGGAGGGCUUGAAGAUGACAAGUGGCUGCAAGCACGAGGAUAACAGAAGUGAUCGACACGAAAUUGUGAGAAAAAGAGGAAAGAAAAAGCGAAAAUUGAGGACCAUUUUUCGGAGCAUCAAGCGACAAUUAGAGAGGAAGGCUUUCGAGAAGGCCGAUUACAAAAUCGUGUUGGCCUUCAGAGCCCUGACAGCACAAGUCCUCGUCUUACACUUCCUUUCAAUUGUCAUGACGACCGUUUCCGCUCUUUGGAUCAAGUUGCUUUUGCUGAUCGUGCUUCGAAAAUUCGCCCAUAACGACAACAUCAGAGAUGACCCAUUGCUUUUUGCCUUCUCUCCCUUCCUCUCGGUCUGGCUAAAUGUGUUUAAGGUAAAGACAGUCGGCAGAGCGACGGGUUGGCAUGACACCUCACUUCUGAUAGAAUAA